GUUGUGCUUGAAGCACGCACCAGGGGGUUACACCUGCGAGAUAUAUAAAAGUGUUUAGAAGCGCAUAGCAAAUCAGUAACAGAAUUAACUCCGCAUCGUGCAUAGCCUAAUAGAAUACAAAAACAAAAUGUUCAAAUUGCUUACGAUACAUUCACAGCUGCUCGUCGCCACAGCACUCUUCGCUUGCGCCUAUGCUGCUGUUGAUCCUGCCGAUGCUCACGCCACGAUCGUCAAUUAUGCGAACGAAGUAAACCCCGAUGGCAGCUACAACUACGCGUAUGAUACCUCGAAUAGGAUUCAAGUUCAGGAGAGCGGUGUGGGCAGCUCUUAUGCCUCGGGCUCAUAUUCGUACAUCUCACCCGAGGGACAGCCCAUACAAUUGUCUUACACAGCCGAUGAAAACGGUUAUCAACCCAAAGGCGAUCAUUUGCCAACACCGCCACCAAUCCCGGAAUACAUUCUGAAAGCUUUGGCUUACAUUGAGGCGCAUCCAUUCGAGAAGAUUCAGCUCAAAAAGCGGAAGUAAGCGGUGAAUAUGGAAUGCGUGUUUAGAAAGUUCAUUAGUUUAAGAAAAUAGCAAAUUCCCAUUUAUUCAGUUUAGACAAAUAUCACAUAGCAUUUUUAUACUUUGUAUAGCGCAUCAAUCAAAAGCUGUUUGUAUACAUACACAGAUGUUUAUAAGCAAAAUGUAAAUAAAGUCAUUACAAAAAAACUAU